AAAACUCUCACUUUUGGGGGUGGAAAGCACCCUCAAUACUAAGGGUUUUAGGGUGGCCUAGCGUGGAGGAAGAGACGGGGUUCGACAUCCGAAUUGGUGCCUUUCCAGCAUCCGGCGCUGCUGCUCCCUGUGUUUGAUGCUUUUAUCUUCUGUUUGAUUUUGCUGUUCCCUUUGCAGCUGCAGAACUGAGCUUGCAGUGGGUCUCACCCGCGAUCGCAGGUUCCGAGGUUUCCAAGAGCUUUUGAUCGAAAUUCCAACCGGCCGAGUGAGGUUUUUGGUAUUUUUUUGUAUUGCAAAGAUUUGAAUUCGAAGCUCACAUGUCACCAUGGGAUCCGGGUUGCUGCGAGGAGGAUUCAAGCUCAAAGGAUUCGGAGCGGAGAUAUCGGCACCGGGAUUGAGGAAGAAUGCUUGCGUAGCUCAAGCACUGCAAUCGCCCGACGCACCGGAGUCCCUGAGUUUCUUUUCAGCAGGCUGUGAAUUGUCGAGAGUGGGGUGCCGGUUCGUGAUUGGGACGCGAUUGGUGCGUCAGGGGGUGAGUAGUGUAGCGAGAAGCGCAUGGGGUGGAGGGUUUGUAGGAAGAACGAGUUUGGAUGAUGGUGGUGGAGGUGAAGUGGAGGAGGAGGAGGAGGAAGCCGAGUGGACAGUGCAGGAUAGUGAUGCGUUGUACCGAUUGCACGGUUGGGGUGCUCCGUAUUUUGCAAUUAACGUCGCCGGGCAUCUGUGUGUUCGGCCCUCCGGUGGCACGGAAGGAAGGGAUGAGGUGGACAUGAUGGCAGUCAUAGAUUCGUUGACGGCACAGCAAUUGCAACUUCCCGUCAUUCUUCGGUUCCCGGAUAUACUUCAUCAUCGCAUGCGUGAGUUGCAAGGCUGCUUUUCCUCUGCAAUUGCCAAAUUUGGCUAUCAGCGGCAUUUUGAAGGAGUGUUUCCUAUUAAAUGCAAUCCUGAGUGCCAUCUCUUGGAUCAAUUUGUUGAAUUCGGUUUCGGCUUGGAGGUGGGAUCGAAACCAGAAUUGCUGAUAGCAUUAUCCAAACUCAGCAGUAGAGAUGGAGCGCUGCUUAUCUGCAAUGGAUACAAGGAUUCAGUAUACGUGGAAAAUGUGGUCCUUGCCACGAGGCUGGGUAUUCGAGCUGUAAUUGUACUUGAACAAAUAGAGGAGCUAGAGGAGGUAGUUGCUUGCAGCCAGCGAUUGGGUAUUCGCCCUAUUAUUGGAGUGCGGGCCAAGCUAAGCACUAAGCAUAAUGGGCACUGGGGAGAAACUUCUGGAGAUAAGGCCAAAUUCGGUCUCACUGUCACACAGAUAGUUUCUGUUGUUUAUCGGCUUAGGCAGGAAGGCAUGCUUGAUUGUCUCAAGCUUCUACAUUUUCAUAUAGGUUCCCAGAUUUCAUCCAUUCUGGUUAUAAAGGAGGCAAUGCGUGAAGCUAGUCACACCUACUGCGAGUUAGCUCGGAUGGGUGCCCCUAUGGGUUACAUUGAUGUUGGAGGAGGGUUGGGUAUCGACUAUGAUGGUUCUAAGGGGCAUUCAAGCGCCUCUGUGAAUUACAAUAUGCAAAAUUACGCAAAUGACGUUGUCGCGGCACUCAUGGAUGCUUGCUUACUGAAAGGUGUAGCUGAACCUGUAAUCGUUUCAGAGAGUGGACGUGCUUUGGCCUCCCAUUCAUCAGUACUGGUCUUUGAUGUGCUUCAUGCUCCUCACCAUACAAAGAAUCCCGCAUCUGCAUUUUUGGACAAUGUUUCUGAGGCUGAAGAUCUGCAUCUAGACUCUUUUAGAAAUGAUUAUGCUAGUAAUCCUCAGUCGCAGGAUGCCGGGGAAUAUUUGCUGUCGACAUUCUAUCAGGUGUGUGCAACUCUUGAGUUGGGCAACAUACAAGAAGCUUUCAAUGAUGCUAAACAGCUAAGGCAGGAAGCUAGUAGUUUGUUCAGACUGGGCUGCCUUAGUUUGGAGCAGCGAGCUCAAGCGGAUGUUUUAUAUGAGAAGGUGUGUCAACAGGUGCUUGGAUUUGGAUCUCGACUUCCUAAAGAGUUCAAGCUGUCCUUUCCAACCCUCUAUACUUGCAAUCUGUCUGUGUUCCGCUCUGCACCAGAUUCAUGGGCUAUAAGUCAGAUAUUUCCCGUGAUGCCUUUGCACCGCUUAAAUGAAAAGCCAACUGUCCAGGCUAUUCUUGCUGAUUUGACCUGUGACAGUGACGGAAAGAUUGAUCGCUUUAUUGGCCCGUCAGGCGAGAUGAGCCGUGCACUGGCCUUGCAUUCCCUUCAAGAAGCAAAGCCUUAUCACCUGGGAUUAUUUCUGGGUGGAGUCUACCAGGAGAUGUUAGGAAGCGCCCACAAUCUAUUUGGAGGUGUAAAUAUUGUGUAUUUGCGAGCAUUGGGGGACGGCGAUUUUGCAAUAGACUUUGUACUACCUGGCCAGACUGCAGGGGAGGUGCUGGGUGGCACUCAUCAUUCUCAUGCAGACUUGCUGAAGGAGUUGGUAACGCAGUCAAGUUCUUCUGUAGCUGCCGGAAAAUUGUCCCAGAAAGAAGCCAGUCUAUUGAUAGCUAAUUACCAGCGCUGCUUAGAUUCUUACACCUACUUUAGCAUGCCAUCAGAUUUCUUAUAUCAUAAAUCCAACUCGGAAUCAACACUUGUGCACACUACUGCGUAGGGAGUAGAUAGAUAACAUGUGACUUCCUUUUUUCAAGGGGAACUCACUUGUGAAAACCUUUGCUCCGAAUGCUGCACUUCAUGGCGAUCAUAAUACAAAUGUUGUUCCAAUGCGGUUGACUCUUUUUUUA